AUGAGUUCCCUUGCCUUGCCCUAUACGUUCCCCAGGGCUCCCUCGGUGGACCCAGAAGCGCAUAGCUUAUCCAGAGAUGCCCAAGUGAACAGAGAUCUCGAUAUCAACGUGAGAUAUUCCGAAACCAAACCAUCUGUGGCUCGUGAACCAUACGUCAAGUGUUUCAGAAGCAACGAGAACAGCCCAGAGUCAAUUGUGGUUCCACAGGAUAACCCAUUGGACGAUAUCCUUGGAGCUUCUCAACAAGCCAUUGAAGCAUAUAUCUUGGAUAUGCCAUACACUAAGAUGUUCACGCCAGCAGAGCCAAAGACACCUCCAUUGAAUAAAAAACGGUCUCGCAAGAUUCUCGAUGGAAAAAAAGAAAACAAGCAAGCAGAAGAUGCUCGGGUUCCAAAAGCCAGAAAGACACCAGUCAAGGCUCGUCAGAGCUUAAAGAACAGUGUUUUAAGACAAGAACACGGGAAGAAUAAUGACCAAGACGAAGCUGACGUUUCAAUCCAAGACCCCUUGGCGUGUCAUGCAGAAAAUAUCAUGAGAAUGGCCAUGGACUCGACCAUGAUGAGUUCAUUCAAUAACAGUUUCUCAUCGACCUUUUCCAACCUUAAUGAAGAUUCAAUUUUAGGCAAAAGAAACCUCGACAAGGAGAACAGUUUCGGGCCCUCGGGAAGGGCAGCGCCGGUUCUUGAUAAGCUGAAGAGCACAUUGGUGGAAAUCAGUGCUCUGGACUUGGAACAGGCCGUCAGCGAGCCAUACUUUAAGUAG